CCCUAGCACGGGCUAAUGCUAGAGCACAGCUCUACCCUGACCACACCUUUUAUACGAAACCUCCCUUUUAUAGUCUGAGCUUCACAGAUCUUGAAGAUCCUUUUUGUUGGAGGAACUUCAGGGCUAGUGGGAUCAGCUCUGCACUGAGAAAUUCACUCGGAGAAGAGUGGGGUAAAUUCUGCUUUGGUCUAUGUCCCUUUUUGUGCCCUGCUUGUAAUAAGGGUUUGACGCACAGAAUCGCUGGCAAGAAACUGAAAUUGGAUGAUGAUCCCAAGAGGUCAUACUCCAGUGGCUACUACUCUACAGCCAGCCCAGGACAAGUUUUGGGGGUCAGCUGCCUCUGACGGAGCCCUCCUCUCUCCAACUACUUGAUCAGGCUGCUUGUUACGGAGGGGAUAACAGCUUGCCAGGGCAGUGUGGCGGGGCUGAAUCUCAUUACAGGCUGGGCUGAGAGAAAGCUUGUGCCCGGAGGAUACGAAGAACAUCGAGGCGCUGAAACUUACCAGGGCUCAGGAAACAGGGACAACCCUUGUGCAAGAUGACACAGUCCCUUGUUACUCCUCUGGGUCAAGAAGAGGUUCCAGAAGAUCUAGUGGUAGCCCAACGGGAGGACACCUGACAAGGAACAAUCUGGUGCAGAAGUAUCACAAAUCAUCCUAUAAUGGAGGCAACCAGACAAACGAGAAUUUCUCGACCGCACAAGAUAAGUGAAUCCUCCAAGGUGUACAGAUGGGCUGACCACCCUAGUCUAGUCCUUCAGAGUCUGAAUGAGCAGAGACACCAAGGACUUUUCUGUGAUAUUAUUCUGGUGGUGGAUGAACAAAGAGUCCCUGCCCACCGGAAUCUCCUGGCUGUUUGCAGUGACUAUUUCAACUCCAUGUUCACCAUUGGCAUGCGAGAGGCCUAUCAAAAAGAGGUCGAACUAUUUGGAGCCUCUUACAUUGGUCUUAAAGCUGUGGUGGAUUUCUUAUAUGGUAGUGAGCUGUCCUUAGAUGGUGGCAACAUUGAUUAUGUGCUGGAAACAGCUCACCUGCUGCAGAUCUGGAAGGUGGUUGAUUUCUGUUGUGAGUAUCUCGAAAAUGAGGUCAGCGAGGAGAACUACCUGUACCUUCAAGAGCUGGCCUCUAUUUAUAACUUGAAACGCCUGGACUCCUACAUCGACUCUUUCAUCCUGCAGAACUUCGGCACGCUUUCUUUCACACCUAACUUCCUGCAGAACAUUUCAAUCCAAAAACUCUGCCAGUAUCUGGGGAGCAGCAACGUGCAGCAGGAAUGUGAGCACGACUUGCUGCAGGCUGCCUUGCAGUGGCUGACACAAUACCCGGAAAGAGAAAAUGAGGCUUACCAGGUACUGGACAACAUUCAUUUUCCCUUGAUACCGAAGAGUGACCUCCUCCAUCGAGUCAAGCCUGCUGUGUGCUCUCUUCUCCCAAAGGAAGCAAACUGUGAGGGGUUUAUAGAAGAAGCGGUGAACUAUCAUAACAACGUCACAGCCCAGCCAGUGCUCCAGAACAAGCGGACGGCUUUGCGUACAAAUGAAGAGAGGCUCCUCUUUGUGGGUGGGGAGGUUUCAGAACGGUGCCUGGAGUUAAGCGAUGAUACCUGCUUCCUGGACACCAAAAAGGGGCAAUGGAUAACAGAAACGCCACUCCCAGCCAGGCGAAGUCACCACUGUGUUGCAGUGCUGGGAGGUUUCAUCUUCAUAGCUGGAGGCAGCUUUUCAAGAGACAAUGGAGGGGAUGCAGCUUCAAAUCUUCUAUAUAGGUAUGAUCCCCGCUGUAACCAGUGGAUAAAGGUUGCCUCCAUGAGACAACGACGAGUAGAUUUCUACCUUGCAGCCAUUACAGAUAUGCUGGUAGCUGUUGGUGGGAGGAAUGAAAAUGGGGCUCUUUCUUCAGCUGAGACCUAUAGCCCUCAAAAAGACGCCUGGUCUUAUAUAGCAGGCUUGCCAAGGUUUACCUAUGGGCAUGCUGGCACUGUCUACAAGGAAUUUGUUUAUAUCUCGGGUGGCCAUGAUUACCAAAUUGGUCCCUAUAGAAAAAAUCUCCUUUGCUAUGAUUACCGCACAGAUGUCUGGGAGGAAAAGCGGCCAAUGAUCACUGCUCGGGGAUGGCACAGCAUGUGCACCUUGGAGGACAACAUCUAUUCCAUUGGCGGCAGUGAUGACAACAUAGAAACUAUGGCACGCUUUGACAUUCUGAGCGUGGAGUCUUACAGCCCUCAGUGUAACCAGUGGACCAGAGUCUCUCCCUUGUUUCAAGCAAACAGUGAGUCUGGAGUGGCAGUCUGGGAAGGCAAGAUUUAUAUUCUUGGAGGUUAUAGCUGGGAAGACACUGUCUUCUCCAAAACUGUCCAGGUGUAUGACAAGGAGAAAAACAAGUGGUACAGAGGAACUGACCUUCCCAAAGCUAUUGCUGGUGUGUCUGCGUGCGUCUGUGCAUUGAAACCCAGAAAGGAGGACAAAAAGAAAAAGACAAAAACGAAGAAGCAUCAGGAUCGAGGAAGAUGACACAGCUUGGGAACCUUGUAACUAAUCAAUCUCUUUCUAAUCUUCAUUUUAAUAAAAAAAAAAAAAGGAAAAAAAGAAAACAGUUUCUGAAACCUUAGAGAACAUGUGGUUGAACAUCUUUGGGUGAGGGUCACGUGAAGGUAACUACUACUACUGAAUGGUGGUGAGGUUGCAAAGGGUGCUAUGCUACCCAUCCUGUACAUUUAGGUGUAGUCUGUUACUUCCGUGGUUCUUAGCUUUUACACACUUAUAAUAAUAAUAAUAAUAAUUAAUAAUAAAGGUAAAUUUUAAAAAUUUGAAAACUUUUUGGCUUAGAAAAUUAAAUGAUGGGGAGGGAAAAGAGGACCAAACAUCGGUUUGAAGUUACAAAGAAAAGUCUAGAAGCAAUUGCUAUUGAAAAUUGAUAUGGAUCUUGUAAAUCCUGAUUUCCCCCCCACCCCUUAAAUUUUAUUUUACAAUACUUUCUAGAUUUAUGAGUAAAAGAUUUCUGGUAUGCAUGAACCAAAUUAUACACAUGCUCAGGCAUCUUGGUAAGCAAAUGACAUUUCUGUACUCUUACGUUUCAGAGGGUAUCACACUCAGAGUGUGAGUGUUCUUGUCCAGGCAUGGCCAUGUAACUGAUCUGUGCUCAGUUUAUGAGCUCUGCUGAUCUUUCCAGUGGUGCAAUGGUCUACAAGAUCCAGGGGAGGUGACAGAACCUUUACGUCACUUGUUAAUGACUAGAACUGUGCAAAACUUUCAUAACAAAACCCAAUACCAAGUUUGGUUUUGUUGAUUUCUCCUAAUUCAGGACCAGGCUUUUUAAACCUUUCAGAGACUCUGAAUGGAUUUGUGGCUUUAGGCAGAAGUUACAUAGAACUUGGUCCUUACUUUAAACCAGGUGAGACAAGUAGACUUCACUGUGAGUUUUAUUAGGGGUGGGGAAGGGAAGGUAUUGAAAUCAAAAGCUCAAAAUUAACUUGAGACAAAGAGGAAACACAUUCUACAAAGGGCAAUGGGAUGAGGGGGGGGGGGGAAGUUUGCAGGAGCUGGGAACUGCUGAAUUUAGCAUGGGUCUAGCAAUGAUGACCUCUACCAGUCAGUGCAAGGGGCCAUUAACAGACUCUGGAUGAGAAUCUAACCCAGCACUCCUUGGUGGCUGCAACACUGUUCCUCUUGGAAGAAUGGGCUUAACAUGGGGAAAAGUUGUGGUGGAUUCUUGGGAUGCCAUUUGGGCACAGAUGACUGAACUGUUGGGAGAAUCAUAUACUGGAGUAAUAUCAAGGGAAUUUGACUUAUGCCCACCACACUAAAGAAAUUUUGAUUGUAGACCCUGCCAGUGCACUUUCACACAAGACUGUUUAAAACAGCACUGGGUUAAAGUGCACCAGCAGGGUUAACACGGGCUAAUUAAUGCACAGCAUGUUUGUGCGCUUUAGAAAUCACACCCCUGUAGAGUGCAUUAUCCACCGUGCACAAUCCUUCUGUCAUUCCAUCUUCCACUGGCAGGGUUGUGUCUACUGCAAGUAUUUAAAUUUACCAACUGUCUGGCCAGCCUUCAAGCAUUCACCCAAAGCAGUGUACAAAUGGGCCUUUUGUUUGAUUUGCAAGAAGUUAACCAGCCAUUUCAUACAGUCUCUGUAUUUUUUAUAACAAUAAUAAUAAUUCCAGGCCACAGAUUACUCUCUCAUCCCACCACAAAGAAAUUUUUAGAAAUUUUUGAAACUUUUGUACUUUUUAUAACACAUUUUGCUAAUACCUAGUCUCUAGUUUGCCAUGUUAUGUUAUUUACUAUUGAAGUUCCUGCCCUAUAAUCGUGGUCCUAUUGUUAUAGUUGGGAACUCAUAAUUUGUUGACUCUUUCAGGCUUCGUGUAUAGUCAGUUGUGAUGUGAUGCAGCUGUUAAAGCAGCAUUUACAUUCUCAGCAUUGUCAGGUCUAUAAUUGUGACUAUUGUAAGGCUUUCACUGGCAGUUCAAAUAGUCAGACAUGCUGAUAAAUGCUCUUUUAUUGUCACUCGGUGAUCCACUGAGUGGAUUUCAAGAGCCUUGAUUUAAAGUUCUGCUUUGGUGCUAUUGAUCCAUUUUCUCUAAAUCCUUCCAAGUCCCUCUCCAUCCACAUCUCCAUCACUGUGCAACAUAACCAUGUACUUCAGAUCUGCCUUUUUCCUUUUAUCCUAUGUAUAAGGGAUGUCCUGCCUACUUUUUGCUACUGGGCUGUAUUUGCCUCAUUAAUGUGAAAAUUCUUCUAAGAAAAACUUGUUUGCACUAUAAAAGAAAAAUCAUUUUCAACAUCAUUUGGAAUUUGGGGUCCUCUUUAUCCAUCGAUAAGAAUCAAUUUUAUUUAUUUUUUUAAAUUGAAAGUGGCACCUUGUGACUAGCUGGAGUGAAAGAAAGGAAACAAAUGAUGCCGUGUGACACAAAAAGAUUGAAGAAAACAGGCUUGAGGUAUAUAAGUUGUAAAAAUCCUCUGGCUAUCUUUGAGUGUUUCUCUUAAACAAUAGAAACUAUUAAAUUUAACAAGUUACAAAAAGUCCUCUAUGUGCAGUAAUGAUACCUUUUACAUUGCAUUAGGAAAUAGUUAUUUUUUAAUUGUUCCUAAAAAGAGAUAAUGGAAUGUUUUAGUUAGAACAAACAGAUUAGCUGAUUUAGGUAUCUGAAAACUUGUUUGUUGACUGGCAACUCCUACUUCAUCUUCGUACAACCCUUUUCAUGUGUAAAUACACAACAAAGAUUCCCCAAGAUGCUUCUUUGUUUCUACUGAUUGGCUGCUUUUCAUAUUUUUUUGUUUGUUUUAAUUGUAUAUGCUUGUGUGUUACAUUCUUGAUGUGUUUACACAUUUGAAAAAUAAAACAUGUUAAGAAUUUCAGA